AUGCGCACCAACUCACGAGAGCAAGCUUGCCCUCAACUGUCACACGAACUGCCUUUAUCCAGCAACCCUUCGCUUUUUUAGUGUCAGUAAUCCUGAUUUUUUUGCCUUUUUGAAAAUGUCGAUUGGAGACCGUUUUUCACUAGGUUUUUCAUUCAUAAAAAAGUGAUUGGCUGUUCCAAGUGCAGGAUGCGGCGGUGGCGGUUGUGUCCGGGUUCUCUCGUGCACCUGUUGCGCUGCAUGCUAUUGCGGCUGUGUCCAAAGAGACAAGGAUGCCGACUGCCUCUGUGGAUGUCAAAACCACAGGCCUACUUGAAACUACUGCUGCAAUCCCUUUCUUACAACACCCUCACGGAUUCAGAUGUAGUUUUUGAAUCUCUUUUUGAGCCAUUGUUAUGGAUUGUGGAUUAUUUAACACGGUGGUUUGGCUUGGUGUUUGUGUGGAUGGUGGUGAUACUGACAUCUUCCAUCUUGCUGGUGGCCUACGUCGUCCUUUUACCAAAUGCACUCAGGACAUAUACUACUGCAUGGCUUAUUUGGCACCUUGGCUAUGGACACUGGAACCUAGUCAUGAUUGUCUUCCAUUACUACAAGGCUGUCAAGACCGCCCCAGGGUACCCUCCCUCUGAAAAAAAUGACAUUCCCUUUGUAUCUGUCUGCAAAAAAUGUGUCAUUCCCAAACCAGCAAGAACGCAUCACUGCAGUAUCUGCAACAGGUGCAUUCUCAAAAUGGACCAUCAUUGUCCCUGGUUGAAUAAUUGCGUUGGUCAUUUGAACCACCGUUACUUCUUCUCUUUCUGCGUCUCCAUGACGUUGGGCUGUAUUUACUGCAGCGUGAACGGCAGAACCGAUUUCCUGGCUGCGUACUAUGCCCUCGAGCAUUUUAAGCAUCUGGAAGUGCAAAGAGCAGGGGUUCGUGUAACAGGCAUGGGACCUUUAAUAGGGCUUCUCCCCACUGGUCAGACUGACUAUGUGACACCAGCACCUCCAUACACUUUUAAGCAAAGGAUCAUGGAUAAGAGUAUCAUCUACAUGUGGGUGCUCACCAGCACUGUGGCGGUGGUCUUGGGAGCACUAACCACGUGGCAUGCACUUCUCAUAUCGCGAGGUGAAACCAGCAUAGAGAUGCACACCAACUCAAAAGAAAGAAGUCGAAUGAAAAAAAUGGGACAGGUGUACAAAAACCCAUUCAACUAUGGCAAGCUGCGGAACUGGAAAAUCUUCCUUGGCGUGGAGAAGAGAAGUCACUGGUUCACGCGUGUCCUGCUGCCCUCUGCUCACUCACCACUUGGUGAUGGCCUGACUUGGGACAGUUUCCCCGUCAAAAAAGAGCCAAUACCAGUUUGACCUGUCAAGCUGCUACUUUGCAUUAAAUGGGGUACACACACACACACACACACACACAGACAGACACACACACACGCACACCCCAUUUUAAGGCUGGCUUCCAGAUGGAUCCUGAUGGAAGUAAAGAAAAUUGGGUGACAACAACCUCCAAUACCUCAAAACACUGUGGAAUCUCAUGGAGUACAAUGUUUUAUUAUUCGCUUUGACUGGAUUAAAGCGACUAAUUUAAGGACUUGAACUGCUCAUAUUCUACCCGAGCUAUUGUCAAAUACUUGAUGAGCCAGAUAAACACUCCAGUAAAACACUAUUAUUUAUCUGUAUUUUUUUUAAUCUGUUUAAAUUAAUAAAUUUUGUUUACAUAA